AUGGAGCACAUUCCUCCAGCACUCUUCACGUCCAUCGUGGCGUUCGCUGUGUAUGACUACAGCGAGGACCUGAUCCCGACGAAGCGCAAACUGCCUCUAGAGGGUCUCAAGCCUCUCGCACAGGUCUGCAAGUCCUGGUACCGACUCAUCGACGAGGUCGCGUGUCGCUCGAAGCGCUCCACACUCAGUCUCAAGUUCUCUUCAGGUUCUCGUACCGAAAUUUUGGAACUUCGCCGGCACAUUUUGGAAAGAGGCUCCAAAAUACUGGAUCUGAGCAUCCAAAUGGGGGAAGCGCCACCACGCGGAGCACUACGCCGACUCGAUCUGUCCGAAGUCCAAUUAGUAAGCGGACAAGUAGAAUUGAUCCUCAAAAGUGCAGCCAAAUACUGCAGAUAUAUUGAAUCUGUGACGUUGGCUACAGUGGAUGAAGUGGCGCAAGGUCGAGUUGACUUCGACUCGAUCCUUGCAGCUUUGUACGCUGCAUUGGAGACGUGGUACUCCAGUGGAACGCACAGAGGACUGAGGCAGUUAACUGUUCCGGUACUGGAUGAGAGAAACCGGUUCCAGACAUGUAGACAAUUUUUUGACAAUAUUGUGAAAUUUUGUCCGGAACUGGAAUUUUUGGAUGGAUACAAGAAGACACUAAAUGAAAUGGACAAGUUGGUAUGUCGUGAUGACUGGCUGAUCACAGUGAAUCAAUGGGACGAGUUUAACGCCAAGUGCACGCAGUUGCGGGAGUUCAAUUGGGUAGUUGCGCCUUUCGCUGACCCAUUCUUCAGGGUGUUUGGAGAACAUGUAAAACCUCACUUGAAGAAACUCACUUUUGCCGUGAAUAUGUUGUGGAAGUGGGAAGAGUAUUUCGACGCAUUGGAUGAGGCAGCUGGGCUACCUCCUACGACUCAUACGACGUGGCACAGCUUCUCCCAACGACCAGGGUAUGGCUAUAAGGCGACCGAUGCGAGCAGUGCACUGAAAGGGUGUCCUGCGUUGGAUGAGUUGGAGAUUCAACUGUAUCAUCCUGUUGACGAGGAUGAGAUGGGGUUUGAUGAUCCAUACGAGGACGACGACACUGCUGAUUUCCCAGACGAGGAGGUGCUGAAUAUUGACAUUUACAAUGAUAAGUUCUGCGAGACUUUAGUAGAAUCUUGUCCGUUGUUGACUAAGUUUUCCAUCUGGGAGGUUGCUGAGGGACACAACAGCAAUUUCAUCCCUAUUCGAACUUUUACUGACCAAGGACUUGUAGGUCUGGCGAAGUUAAAAUACUUGAAUUCGAUGGAGCUACGUACGAUCAACUGCACGGGCACCGGCGUGUUCGAGUUUCUAAAUGGACUAUCAGAAGAGUUUUUGGGACAGCGAACGUUCCAAAUCUGCGUUGGAGGACACCCCAGCGACUCUCGAUUGGCAUUUUACAACGCCAUUCCAGAACUCUUAAAGCAGCUGGAAGCGAGAAGUGCAGAGCAGCUGAAAUGGGGACGUCGCAAGUUUAUUUUACGUCUGAUGAACUUGAAUUUCGCCUCUGUGGAGCCAGGCUGGAGUGAACAAUAUCUUCGCGACUUGGAGCCCAUAGUGAAGAAUGUGAAGAAGAUGCAUCCGAAUCUUCGUCUUCGUAUUACGACGUCUGGACGCAGAGGUAGUAGCUUCCGAAGUAUCACCGAGUUGGGGCUGUACACUUCGAAUGCUAAACCUAGUAUUUGGUACGGUUGGAAUGAAGAAGAGAGCGACCAGAAUGUUACCUUUGUGAAUCGUGGCGGAGGGUCUUCCAGCUUUGAUCACGCUCAAAGCAGACUGCCGGUUGAGUUGCGUCACCCUGAGUUACUUGAUCCAGACUCGCUACCUAUCGACUACGAGUUACCAGCAGACUAUUUCGAAGACUACGGGUAUGGUGGGUACGGCGACUUUGGUGACUAUGACGAAGACACUUUUGAUGAUGGAUUUUACGAUGCCAACGCAGACGAACUGUGGGAAUAA